CCGAGUGCCAUGCACCGGAUAUAGUAGGUAAGGAAAUACUUGGGGUCAAUUCAUAUCGUUCAAUUUAACAGCGAGGUGGUGUACUAGAGUUUUGCCUGGAAAUUUGUUAGUCCUAAUAAGCACGACGUUUAGAGUGGGUUUGAUGGAACACAAUGCCAACUCGAGGAAUAAAAGUUGCAGCGAACGAAAGCGUCAGAGAACCAAGAAUUCUGGAAUCUAAUGUCACAGGGAGGAAGUGCUGGAACUGGAGUAUCCGCCCAUUAAUCGCUUUGUCCUGCUUUAUAGGGGUCGAUUUAACUCAACCGUCAAAAUUCGGUCAAAAAUGGAAGACAGCAUUUAGUUUUAUCAGUCUAGUAAUCCAUGCAGUCCUCACAGUGAACUCUGUAAUAAUUAUUCACGGGCAAUUAUACCAAAUGGCAACCAUUUAUUUCGGAGAAGAUGGAAAUCAUUCCAGGACUUUCAUUUGGAAUAUGAUCACCGAUUUCAUCAAUUUUGAAGUUGGCUGCCUUAGCACCCAUUGGAUUCUGUUUUUUGUUGUGAGAAAGAAGUGGCCUUCGCUGAGAAAGGCUUUUCAAAGUCUGAUUCCUCUCUUCGACAAUGAACUUUACGAUCGACUUCGCCGACUAUCGUUUGCUGGAGUGGCACAUGUAGUUUUGAUGGUUACUUGUUUGUUUAUCUCUGCGACCGUGUCAAUGGUCAGUACAAAGACACCGUUCAAAAUAAAAUUUUUGAUUAUUUCUGAAGUACUCCUACAGUUUUAUCCCAUUUUCGGCAUUGUCUUGUUUACAACCGUCAGUUAUGCAGCCUCAUUCUCGUUUAAGUCAAUCACGUCAAAGUUAAACAGCGAACAUCUACAGGCGUGUAAUCUAUCGAAUACUGAUGUCUUUAUCCUUAAACGUUACUACGUUUCAGCUUGCCAGACAAUCGACGUCAUAAACGAUUGUUUUGGGUGGCUCCUUCUGCUCGUCAUACCACAUUUGUUUGUUGCCAAAGUUAAUGUAACCUUUUAUUGGUUUGGCAAUUCCAAUGAGAAUACGCCCAUUGGCGGAAUUCUGUUUUUCAUCUUUCAUCUCGUCAACCUUUUUGUCAUUUGCAUAGUAUCGGAUAAUAUUCGUUUUGAGUCGGACAAAUUGUUGAAACAGCUUCUGCGAUUGGAAUUGAAGUCCGAGAUUAAUCCUUGCAGAAAACAGGUCCACGAGUUGAUUCUACACGUAGCUCUAACCUCUCCCAGAAUAUCUGCCCUUGGUUUCUUUUACGUUGGUAGAAAGCUAAUUCCUACGAUGAUUGGAACUACGCUGACGUACUAUUUUAUUCUUCGCCAAUUUCGUUCGUUGGAAGAGAAACACUUGGUGGGAAUUGUGGUUCAAGAGAGGUCUGAAAGAAACGAAGCAGCCAGAAUGUCUGACAAAAACUGGUUGUGGAGUACCACACCACUUGUCACAUGGUUAAAGUGGUUAGGUGUGAAUCUUUCAGAUAGAAAUCAAACUAAUUCUUGUCGGUACUUCACCUUGUACAGCAUUUUUUGUCUAUUGUUCUCCAUUGCCUGCCAAGUGCUUUGUUUGAAUUACGUUUUAAAGCAUCACAAGGAAUUAUCUAACACUCUUGUCACCGAAAAUGGCUUCAACUCAGACGCCUUUACAUGGAACACUGUAUUAGAUUUUGUUAACUUUGCUGCACACGGUCUUGGAUGCCACAUCGUCCUAGUGUCUUUUUUCUCGGGUCGUUGGAAUUUAUUAGUAGAAGCUUUCCAGGAUUUGGAAUCAUUUCUGAGUGCAGAUUUUUUCGUUGGAAUCCGUAGAGCAUCUGUUAUGGGAGUAUGCUGGAUCAUAAUUAUGCAUACAAUAUUGUGCUUUAUAGUCAGCUCUUACCACAUCAGCAAUGGAUCUCCUUUCCCGAUCUUGUGCUGUACCUUGGUGUCCGUUCUUUCACAAGUAUACCCGAUCACAGCCGUUUUUCUAUUUGUUGUUACUAGCUACGCCUCGGCAAAUGCCUAUCAAACAAUUCUAUGGGAUCUAAAUGUUUUGAAGAAUCAACCGAUGGACAAAGAACAUUACGAUCGCCUUAUAUCCUUGAAGAAGCAUCAUGUGCUGGUCUGCGAAACCAUCGAUCACAUAAACAACUGCUUUGGCUGGAUCCUGGGAAUAUCUCUACUAUUUCAUUUUGUUUCUAUCAUAACUUCAUCCUUUUACUUGUUUGGAAAUGAAAGGGGACGUGAAGCACUACUGGAACAAAUGGAUAUAUCCUUUUUCAUUUCGCAAAUUCUCCAUAUUUUACUCAUCUGUUAUCCACCGGAUUUGAUCCAGGAAAAAGCUGACGCUGUUUUGAAGGAACUUAUUCAAAUGCAAAUUGAAAUGAGAGAACCACACAAAUCUUUGACCAAUGCAUUUGCGCUUCAAGCGGACCAUUUCUUUCCAGAAGUCACCGCCGUCUAUUUCUAUCCAAUAAGCGGGAAAAUCAUUCCCAAGAUAAUGGGGACGACACUCACCUACUUUAUUAUUCUUUAUCAGUUCCAUUCGUCUGAGAAGCAAUAACAAAAACUGGUUGUGGAGUCUCAAGCCACACGUCACAUGGUUGUGUGAAUCCAUUCCAGAGUUUAUUGUAUUGCCUAUCCACCUCGAAUAGAAUAAAAAUACCGUCACAAAAGA